AUGAGCUUUCCUGAUACUGAGCUCACGAGCUAUGUCUUCAAGACAGCCCCUCCUCUGGAUCCCGCUUGGUUAGAACAUGAGAAUGAAGUCAAGAAGAGAGGCCCCCCUCAGACAUUCAAUACUGUCGAAGAGAGACAGCCAGUCUAUGCUCAGGAUUGCCGUGUGCUUUACGAGCAAAUGACUGCGCCUGGUGCUCGUGACUACGGCUUAUCUCAGGGUUUCCUUACGAAGGAACUUACAGUGUCAUCGUCCGUGGAUGGUCAUCCAAUUCCUAUUCUCCAACUGGAGCUCGAGGAAAAUCAGGGCCACGAACCAGAUGUCAUAGUUGUUUUCUUCCAUGGUGGAGGCUUAAAGGUCGGCGAGGCAGACAGUGAAGAGCUUUCGUGUCGGCAUAUGGUCAAGUCAGGGGUAGCUAAACUCCGUCUGUACUCGGUGGGCUAUCGGUUACUGCCCCAGAACCCAGCAAAUAUAUGCCUUUCAGAUUGUCUGGAUGCGUUCAGAGUACUACAAGAACCAGCUGCGAAGAUGAUUGUUGCCGGGAGCUCAAGUGGUGGGCAGAUGGCAUCUGCGGUAGCUCAAGCAGUCCCUCGAGGAUCAAUCCAUGGCCUGCUACUAAGGUGUCCUGUCACAGCCGAUAGAGCUAGUGGCGAAGAUUUUGUGCCUGAGAAACUGCGCCCAUACCACACAAGUGUAUCUCCUACUUUCAUCACCUCUCUGAAUGGAUACUUGAACCGGGAUGUGCCAAGGGAUGGCCUCGAGAAACUGCCCCUAGAGGCUACCGCAGCGGAGUUGAAGGAACACCCUCGAACAUGGAUCCAGAUUACCUCCAACGACACUCUUUACUCAGAUGGGCUGUGCUAUGGGAUGCUCCUCAGAGAGGCAGGGGCCGAAGUCAAGAUGCAGGUUGAGGUUGGGUGGCCACAUACCUUCUGGCUCAAAGCUCCUCACUUGGACUUUGCUUUGGAAUGCGAAAAGCAUAUGGCGAAAGGCUUGGAAUGGCUUAUAAAUGCUACCAAGUAA